AUGAACUUCAUCCAAAGUGGAACUCUGAACAAAGACAUCAUUCGAAAAGCUCCCAACGUGCGGGUGAAGAGUAAACUCAACAUCCCGUCCAAUCCCACAACGGACUGCAUCGAGUAUGACCACAAGGUGCAAAGCUGCACCGGACAGGCGGAAGAGAAGUUGGUGUUUACAUGCAGGGUCACUGACCCGUCAGACUUUCAAAGGACAACAACACUGACCAUUUUCAGAGAAAGUGUUACGUGUCAGAGUGAUCUGUAUGGCAGUGGACGUGUUAAUGACAUAUCCAACCCGGGAUGUGCUGCUGGCGAGAUGGGGAACAAGACUGCCAUCUGUCAGGAGAACGGAGCAUGGCGACUCCUGGAGGACACGUGUAUCGUAACAGAAAUCAGAGACUUGUUAACUGAAUCCCAGAAUUUGGUGUCGGAAGGGGUUCUCGAAUUCGUGGUGAGUCUUUCUGAAGUGGUUCAAACAGAAGGCUUACAAUCAGAAAUCACAAAUUCAACUGCAACCAUAUCCGCUAUCGUUGACAUCCUGGAAAAUGUUGCUGAUGUUUCUGCCAGCGUCAAUGAAACCGUCAUGCUGAAUGUACUGCAAAUAGUAGAUGUCCUAAUUUCUGAUGAGACAAUAGGCUCCUGGGAACAACUGAAUGUAAAUGAAACCCAGAAUGCUAGCUCAGCAUUAUUGGGUUCACUGGAGUCCUUAACUGAUAAGUUGGAUGGAGAGUUUGACCUAUUGACCAGCCGGAUCCUGCUCAACAGAACUACCUUCAACAACGUUUUCACAGCGGACCUCAAUUCCAGUGUUGCCAUCAACAUUCAAGACCCCAACACGGAGAAUCUAUUCAUCACCACCAUAGUCUUCGCCUCCCUCGAUAACAUUCUGCCUCCUCGGGACACCAGCUUCGACAUCAGUAGCUUCAAUGCCACCAGCAAUGAAACCAUCUACAAUAACACCAUUAACGCCCCUGUGUUGCUUGUCAAGAUAAACAAAACGAUUGACAACGUAAUUCUGAGAUUUGACAAGUCCAACAACUCAUUGACCUUGAAUCCGCAAUGCAUUUUCUGGAACUUCAGACUCUUCGAUAAUCUUGGUGGAUGGGACAACGAGGGGUGUGAAUUCGUGUCGGACGAAGACAACAUAGUCACUUGCAGUUGCAACCAUCUUACUUCCUUCUCGAUUCUCAUGUCAACAAGCAUUCCCGAAUCAGUGAAAGAGUUUCUGAGAAUUAUUACUUUUAUUGGUGUUGGCAUAUCGAUGGGAAGCUUGGUUAUCUGUCUCAUCAUCGAAGGAAUUAUUUGGAAAACCAUGACCCGCAACAGCACCUCGUUCAUGCGUCACGUAUCCAUUGUCAACAUUGCCGUGUGUCUCCUGAUCGCAAACAUCUGGUUCAUUGUCGGUGCUGCCAUCACCGAGAACCCGACUGCAAACUAUAAAGGUUCAUGCAGCGCGGCAACCUUUUUCGUCCACUUUUUUUACCUCGCUUUGUUCUUUUGGAUGCUCGGGUCUGGACUUCUUCUCUUUUAUCGAACUGUCUUGGUCUUUUCCCACAUGUCAAAGGCAAUCAUGUUAGCCAUAGGCUUCACUUUAGGCUAUGGUGCCCCUCUUAUCAUAGCAGUAGUUACUGUUGCCUCAACAGCACCAGGCAAUGGCUACAUCAGAGAGGAAGCUUGCUGGCUAAAUUGGGACGAGACGAAGGCCCUUCUGGCCUUUGUGAUUCCCGCCUUAGCUAUAGUUUUUAUCAAUUUUAUCAUCCUUGUUGUGGUUGUGUUCAAAAUGCUGAGAAGAGGUGUAGGUGAUGCUUCCCAGCCAGAUGAAAAGCAUGCCUUGAUGGUCAUUGCAAGAUGCUUGGCCAUUUUGACACCUUUCUUUGGACUGACCUGGGCUCUAGGAGUGGGGACUAUGGCGGAUCCAACAAACGAAGGAAUCCAUAUCGCUUUUGCAUUCUUCAACUCAUUACAGGGCUUCUUCAUUUUAGUGUUUGGUACUCUACUGGAUGCAAAGAUCCGUGCUGCCCUAGCGAGAAAACCCCCAAUUCCAAGUACAGGCUCUCACCAAACCAGAAGCACAAGCGCUGGCAUUUCCUCCUCCAGUGGCUUUCUUAGGAUAUUCCGUAGGAACAGAGAUAUGUACCGUGUCAUGGAAGCUGCAAACACCAGCAGUUCUGGUGCAACUGAAUCCUUCAUCAGCAUCUGA